AUGAGUGAUCAUUCGAAAGUAUCCAUAGUAACUAUCGCCGACGAUCUUCUGAUGUCAGAACCUCAAGAACAUACCAAGCUCAAUUUUUUUAAUCUGAACUUAGGCGCAUGGAAUAAUGGUUCUAAUAUGGAACUAGUUAAUAAUAGCAUUUGGCCUCUCAAUUCGGACUCUAACUCUUCUCAUAACAAACUGGGCAACAUGGCCCCUAAACAACCCGAAAAACUAUCUGUCGACUCCAAACUGAAUUCUACAAUUUCUUGGUCUCCUAAUAAUCAUUUGAGACCCUCUAACAAAAUGUCCAUUUGGUCGAGUGAUAUGGAAGUAUCAGAAGCAAAGUCAUCACGCACUCAUAACCAACUUUGGGAAAGUUCAGCUAAAGAGAGUAUUCCACUUAUCUAUGAUGAUGUCUGGGACUCAUCUCACGAUCCUGUGUUUCAAGCGCCAAGGGUUACUAGUGAUUUUGAUUCUUGGAAGUUUUGUCCAACACAUUGUAUUGGUUCUCCCACAGAUACACCUGUUACUAUUGCGGAUUCGGGCAUCACGGCUGAUACAUCCAGGUCUUCCGACUUAACUCAUAGCAGCCAAGCUAGUAGCCUUUCUUAUGUUACUGCAAUGCUUUCUGGCCUGAAUCUUACGCCUAGAAACCCUGAUGAAUCACCGUCUCAAGUUAAAACGUCCGUUGGCUGUGCUAACGAGAAUGACAUUGCGUUCUCAACGGAACAACUCUGUGACCGACUUAUCAAUACAAACGAGGGUUGGGGGCGACGACCAAUUGAUCAAGCAACACCUUGGGAGCCGUUAGAUUUAAAAUUGAGUGACCAAGUGAAUCGCAGUGGCAUAACUACACCUACACCGGGGGCUUGCCCUUCUGGGUAUGUAAGUGGAAGGAUAUCUCAUAUCCACUCAACUGAUUCUAACGUUUGGGCAAGUGGACCACCAACAGGAACAGGAAUAUGGGAAAUGCAUUAUGAAAGUUUAGGUGGAUGCUCGGCUGCUUGGCAGGAAGAAUCACAUUCCUCGGCUUACCGUGAUGUUUCGUCUGCUACUCAUAUUAAUUCUAAUGCUUUAAUAAACUGUAACAUGAACGCCAAUUCUCGUGGUGCAACACCAAUGCCACUUAACAACCGUCUUAAUACUUGUCGAGAUUGGGAAGGAUUGUCCAAAAACUGGAAUUUCGGCCACUCGGAAUCCUCAGACCAUAACAGCUUAUUAUGGAACUCUGUGUGUGUGACCGAUAGUGAAGAUAGUGUUAGUGGAGGUAUCACUCAUAGAUGCCCAUUAGUAACAGUUGGUUCCAGCCAGGAAACUUUUUGGAAUAGUGGAAAUGUUCAACAAUCCAACGGUCGUCCUGUACUUGGUAGUACCCGUCCCAUAGUUCCGACACACAAUCCACCGGACGAGUUUUCGUGGGAUCCGGAUUCGAACUUCUUAAGGUCCGGUGUCAAUUCGAAUGGUACUGUUUCGUGGGACACGUCACCCAGUAGCGUGGUCAGCACCACUUGGGGAACUCUUGGUGCUUCCAGCUUAAUAAGUCCCAUACAAACUCACUUCACACCUGUUUCAGAUGAUGUUAGGCAUCAACAGAACUUCAUGACUACUAACUCACUUCCUCAGGGAUCUGAACGAUUACUAAUUCACCCAUACAGUAAUACUUAUCGCGCAGAUCUGGUCAAAUAUUUAAUGAGCCAAGGAUUUAAGAGAGAAGAUGCACAUGCUGCGUUAAUUGCCUCCAAUAUGGAACCAGAUAAAGCUAUAGUUGAAUUACGGGAGCGUUACAGCACCAAUAAGGCCAUAAAUGCCAUGACACAACCUCCAGAGCUUAAUCGUAAUUAUGGAGCUAAUAGCGUUCAACACGUAACAAGAAACGGACCCAUGCACCAGCUGUCGAAUCAUACGUCUUCAUCUCAGCUUGCACCUUCUGGAAAUAACUCUUCGGUUUCUGCACAAAAUCAUCGUCUGAAGCAGUCAGGGUUGUGUAUGUCUACACAGAGUAAUACAACUCAACUUUUAUCUAUGCAACCAGUUCCUAACUCUCAAUUCAUGCGACAGCAAAUUACACAACAGGUUCGAUCAGCUUUAAACCUUUCCCUUCCAAGUCCGUUAGGUCUACAGACGAACGGAAGUGCCACAGUGGGAACUUGUGGUGGUUCGCUUUUGGGACAGCCUCCACCUCUUUCCUUAUCAAGCGUUAAUUCCAACAUUCAAAAUUCAUCGUCCGCUAAUCCACAUUCAAGCACUAGCCUGCCAACUAUUACUAGUUUAUGUCCCAUCAAAAAUAGCCGUACAUCGACUGGACCGAUAUCUUUAAACCAAAACUCAACAAAAAGGUCGCCCCGUCAAAUUUCGAUCAUAAACUCCAUGAUUGAAUUGCAGAAAAAACAUCAAAGUAUUCAACAUCAAUUAAAUAUGUAUCAUAAUAACCCUGCCCUUCGUUCACAACCUCAGUAUGCGGACGUACUUGUUGAACUUCAAGGUCAAAUGCAACAAAUUGAAACUCAAUUACACGGAAAGCGAGCACAGCUUAACAUAACUCGUACUCAAGAUUCUGUAACACAAGCUGUAAAGACCCCUUUAUUACCGACGAACGGUACCGAUAUUUCUGAUAACUCGUUUCCUGCUAUUGGAACAUGGAUUGCUCCUUCACCACAUUGUGGUGAAAAUUUUGAUAAAAACACCAUUGAUGGAUCAGUUUCUAAAAUGAGCAACUUCACACGCACUCCUACUUGCAAAAUAUCUGGUAAUUGGUCUCCUACCUGGUCUUCAUCUGCUAUAAAUCCAUCAUGUUCAAAUUUCCGAUCCAUUCAUAAUCAAUGGCAACUAAUACAUAAUCAACAACGAUGUGCUUUAGAGAGUAACUUGAAGUUUCCGGUGUCAAAAAACAACCUUUCGAGUACCCUAUCUGGUGAAGCUCAGGGUCAAUGGCUGCUGGUGCAGCCGCUCUUAGGAUGGAACGGUACAAACAUUCAUAGUCUGCAAAACAUUUUAUCAACUCAUUUCAAACUUACUAGUUUUCAUGUUUUGAGUUCAAGCAGCUGUAGCGUACUAAUAAAACUUCAAAAUUUCGAGGAUUCACUGCACUUAGCGAAGUUUUUUGGCGACCGUUUAUCUGUAGAACCGUUGUCCGAUCUCGAUGCUCGCGUUCAUUUGCAACAGCUAUCUUUGAACGCUUUUGGAGAUGGUCUAACAUGCAAUCAGUUUAAUACAUCAUCUGAUAUACACGCCACGUCACCUAAUUUGAAUAGCAAUGGACAGUUUUACUCCCCCAUGAAUUCAAAUAGCAAAAAGCCCAAUCCUCAUAUUUCUCGUUUCGGAAUAACUGUAUGUGGAAGCAAGUAA